ACAUUAGUUUGUGGCAGACAGCGCUCACUAACAGAGCUUCAUUCCAAGUUUUUGCUGUUCCUAGCUUUUAGAGUUGAUUAACAUGGAAAAAAGACUGAGAAUUGGUGAUUUGAGAGAUGUGAAAGAAAAUUUAAAAAAUGCAAAGUUUGACAAAACUGCUUGGAAGACUUUAGGGAAUGAGCUUGGACUCCAUCCAAAUAGACUAACAAUGAUUGAAGCCAAUUAUAAAGGAGAUGUUGAGAGUUGUUUUACUGAAUGCCUUUCUGAGUGGCUGAAAAAAGUUGAUGAUGUUGAAAAACAUGGAGGAUCAACUUAUAGUUCAUUAAUUGCAGCUCUGAAAAAAAUGGAACGCACAGCAGAUGUAGUUGAUGACUUAGGAGAUUUAUUAGGAACAGAGGAAUCAGAUAAAAGUCAAGCUUUACAACCAAAAGUAUCUCCAGGAGCAGAACUAGAUAUAAAAGAUUUAAAUCAAGUUGACACAGUGCUUAAAAAAGCACUGUUUGGUGCAGUAAACUGGAAAACACUAGGGCUUAGACUAGGACUCCUUGCAACUACACUUGAUUGUAUUGAGGCAGAGAAAAGUGAUCAGCCUGCUUACUUGCAGAAGGUUGUACAAAAAUGGCUCGAAAAGAAAGAUGAUGUAAAAGAAACAACAUGGAACGUCCUAAUAGCAGCAGUUAAAGAUAUUGAUAAUGCAGCUGCUAUAAAAAUACGAGGUAUUCUUAAAGCGUGAACUAAGGCACGAGAAUUAAAGUGAAUCAAGAAACAAGAUAUUGACUAUAGUGUUGUAGUUACUACUUUUAAGUAGACUAUAAUUUGUGUGAUAUAGUGAAAUAAAGUUGAGUUACAAUUUUAUUACCUAUUAUUUUUUAAAAUUAGCAAA